AUGGCGCAUAUCAGUAGCACUAAUGGAUGUCCUAAUUCUGGCCAAAUUGCUCCCUUAGAUGAAAUCAUUAGACUCAAGGAAAAUUAUCGCUUCCGCAUUUUACUGGAUGAGAGCAAUUCAAUGGGUGUGCUUGGCAGUUCUGGUAGAGGUUUAACUGAGUACUGCAAAGUUCCGGUUGGCAAGAUUGAUAUCAUAACGGCGGCUAUGGGGCACGCAUUGGCAACAGAGGGAGGAGUAUGCACUGGGAGUGCAAGAGUCAUUGACCACCAACGGCUUAGCAGUUCUGGUUAUGUCUUUUCUGCUUCUUUGCCCCCUUACCUAACAAGUGCUGCAAUUACUGCAAUUGAUAUCCUGGAAGAAAAUCUUGAUCUUAUCAUGAAACUGAAGAAAAAUAUUGGCACACUAUGUAGAGGGCUAUCCGAUAUUCAAGGGCUUGAGAUAGCAAGUGAUCUGGCAUCUCCGAUUGUUUUUCUCCGAUUAAAGAAGUCAACGGGUUCCUUGAAAGGUGACCUUCAGGUGCUUGAAGAUAUAGCUCAACAUGUACUUAAGGAAGACUCUGUUUUGGUCGCUACUUCAAGAAGAUCAACUCUUGACAAAUGCAAAUUGCCUGUGGGCAUAAGAUUGUUUGUCUCUGCUGCUCAUACGGAAGAUGACUUAAUGAAAGCAGGUGAAUCACUGAAGAGAGUUGCAGCUCUGGCUUUAAAUGGUCAUGAUUAGAUGUUCCAAACUUGAAGCCUGGCAUGGUCUUUUCAAUUGGAGCAAGGAUUUCAGAUCCGGUGCUGGACCUUCAAUUCAGUGAUCUUCUCAUGCAAGCAGAAAUGGCAGGAAGAGUGUAAGUUUAUUUGAAGAGAGGAUGCAUGGGUAGUUUGAAUCUGUUGUUGAUUUUGGUUCUUAUUUCCGAGUUCAAUAGCACUGCUGAGAUGGUACAAUUUUGACAGAUACAAGCUAUUUAGAUCUUUGUGGUGUAAAACUUUUUUGCCCCUGAGCACCAGAAAGAGGAUAACAGAAGAACGUGGUUUUGAAGUGAUAUUCAAUGUACAUAUCGA